AUGGAGACUUCAAAUUUUGUCAAGCAGUUAUCAUCGAACAAUAGAAGGACUAGAGAAAAUGCCCUUGAAGCGUUAAAGAAAUACCUAACCGCUAAACAAUCCAGAGAGCACAAACAAACACAAGCCAAUAAACUUUGGAAAGGUCUUUACUAUGCCAUGUGGUUCAGUGACCGUCCUAGGCCUCAGCAACGUUUGGCCAAUGAAUUAGGUGAAUUACAUGGGUUAUAUUUUGAUCCUAAGGACAAUAGCAACGCAGAUGAGUUGACCAUAAAUGACGAGGCAUUCAUCAAGUUUAGUAAAGGGUUCUGGAAGGUCAUCUGCUUUGAGUGGUUCAAUAUUGAUAGACAUAGAUUGGACAAGUAUCUGCUGUUGGUAAGAAGGGUGUUAUUUAAUCAACUGAAAUAUUUGCAAUCGAGAAACUGGAAUAAAAAAGUAGUUGGUGAGUAUAUUGCACAGGUAUUAAGAUGGUUGCCUCUGAGCGGGAGUCCAAAGGUUUACACAGGGAUUCCACUCCAUAUCAUUGAUAUUCUACUUGACGAAUGGGAGAGAUUGCUCAAGGAUGAAAAUGACGAUGAAGAAGAAGACAACGAAGAUGAGGAUGAGGACAAAAAGGAAGAGCAACUGCGCAAACUUGUAGAAGGUGUAAAGGAUACACCACUAGUCGAUAUCAUCGCGAUAUUCAAAGACAUUGUGGCGGAUUACAACAACAGCAAAGUGUUGAGAGAGAAGAUCAAAGAAGACCUAUUCGGCGACACCAGGCUUGUUGCCUGGGGUGUUCUACACGACGAAACUGCCGAAAAUGACUCCGAAUCAGGAGAGGAGGAAUCUGGAGAGGAGGAAGCUGAAGAAUGGGAGGGCUUUUAA